GACCAAUGAGCCGCAGGAGAGCGCCUCGUCGCAUCUCUCUCUCGCAGAGGAGGGAUGCCCCUGCGGGAGGAGAAUGGAGACAGAGGACUGAAGAGCAAUGGCGAGGCAAAGCCCAGGUGAGAGAGGUGGAGGAGGAGGAAAGACAAGAGCAUCAUGGGAAAGAAAGUGUGCCCAGGGGAACCUGCCAGACCAUGUGUCCCACUCGUGAGCUGCAGGACCGCCAGCUGCAGAACUGCCUCCAUCGCUUUGAGUUGUUGGCGGGCACGGAGAGAGAUCGACGACCCAGAGGAGACCCCCUGCGUGCUGUCAAAGAAUAUUCCAGACCAGCAGCUGGAAAAGACUCCACAAACUCCUCUGACCUCCGUCCAGCUGCUGUGUUACUGAAAACUGUGUGUUACCUUAUAGAUAAGGUUGCUGCCUCCCCUCACCUGCGUCCAUGGACAGAGGUGUACAACUAUGUCUUUGAUCGGCUGCGUGGUGUGAAGCAGGACAUGAUCAUCCAGAGGACGUCCGGGUUAAACUGUGUGGCCAUUUUAGAGCGGACGGUGCGGUUCCUCAUCUACGCCUCGUACCGGCUCUGUGGUGAACCUCUGCGGCUCUACGACCCACGCAUCAACGACACACACCUGCAGGAGAACCUGAGCUGGCUGCUGGACUGUUACGCAACUGGAACAGAACCGCAUCCCAACCAGGAAGAGUUCCAGGCUCUCGGUCUGCUCUACAACUUGGGUUCAGCCCGUGCAGCGCAGCACAUCAUGGAGCUCCCUGAGCGUCUCCGCUGCUCUCCUGCCGUCACGCUCGCUCUUUCCACCAACCGAGCUUACCACGAGCGAAACCCCGUACGCGUGCUCCGAUUGGCUCGGAGAUUGAACUUCAUUCAAAGCUGUGCUCUGCACCGUCACCUGGUGUCAUGUCGCAGAGAUCUGCUGGUCAUAUACAGCCACGGAUUCAGCAGCCGCAACUGUCGCUUUCCUCUGGACCGACUGGCUCAGCUCUUGUGUUUAGACGCGUCUCUCACAACCCGACUCUGCCAGGCGUACGGAGUGGAGGUUAACCGGGACAACCAACUGAUCUUCUCCAAGGCAGCUUUCACUGAGCCUGAACAAGAACAACUGCACUGCAAACUCUAUCACAACAUAGUGGCAGAGAAACAGAGAGACCGCGGUGUUGGCGAUAUCAUUCACGGCUGCACUUAAAACCAGUAAAUCAGAAGUACAAAUAAUCUGAAUUUUCACUCAAAAUGAUCCGUUUUCUCUUAUCCCUUCUGAAAGGACAUCAGUGCCAAUUGCAUUAGCCUAAGGUCUAGUCUAAAUACACCUCAUUGUUGGUUUAUCACUUAAAGAUGAUUGGAUUUGAGCCUUGUUUCUUGGUCAAAUGUUCAACAUAAGGGUCAGGGCUUGUGUUGAUCUAUUGUCUACAAUGCUCCACCUGUGAGAGGCUGAAC